GCGAGGAGGGUGGGGAGGUCGCGUUUGCGGAUGACUACAGCAAAUGCCUGAAAGUAAUUUUCCCUCUGGAGCUUUCCGCCUUCCUGUCGAAAGAGCUGUUCUCUAGUGCGCUGAUCAUGUGUGCCUUUGGCAUACUUCUAAUAUGUAAGGAAAUUCGUGAUUGGCACUGUCUUUCGGACGGCAAUGUUUUAGAUACCUAAAAUCGCAUUUACCUUCCUUAGCUACCCUCUAAUUAGGUGGUAUGGGUCAGUGAAAGCCGGCGCUCCCCGCCAUGUUGAUUCAAGAGUUCCCGGGACCCUACCUGGGUCAAUGGUACUUCAUUGCUGGUGCAGCUCCUACCCAGGAGGAGUUGGCGAUCUUUGUCCCAGUGGACAACAUUCUCUUCAACAUGGCUGCUAGUCACGUUCCCCAAAAGCUCCAACUACGAGCCACCAUCCGAAUGAAAAAUGGGCACUGUGUACCCCGAGAAUGGACUUACCAUCUGACUGAGGGAAGCACGGAUCUCAAGACUGAAGGCCGCCCUGAUAUGAAGACUGAACUCUUCUCCAGCUUUUGCCCAGAUGGGAUCAUGCUGAGAGAAACAGGACAAGGUUACCAGCGCUUCCUCCUCUAUAAUCGAUCUCCAAACCCUCCUGAAGAAUGUGUGAAUGAAUUUCGGUCCCUGACCUUUUGCUUGGACUCAAAGGCCUUCCUGCAGACACCCAGGGAAUUAGAGGCCUGUGAGUUGUCCCGUGACUGACCUGUGCCCUCAACUCUUCUAUCCAGACACUUUGGAAGGCUGGGUAGGGAGCUGGAGACCUCUUGCUCCCUUUCAAGAAUAAAGAUGAUUUUCUGA